AGCUCAGCAGUGAAUGAAUCCAGUCAGACACGCAGUGAAACUGAACAGUUCGCACUCUCUCGCUCUCUCUCUCUCCUCCCCCCCCUCUCUCUCUCUCACUCUCUCCCUCUCCUCUUCCCGUCAGAGGAGCAGUCGGUGGAGCAUCGGCACGGCAACGGGAGCCAGAAGGCGUGGAGGAAAGAGGACGAGUGCACCUCGCCGGACCAUAAACGUUGAGGAAAGCGGCGCACAGUCAAACUGUGGUGCGGCUCGAAGCAACGCAGGAGCAACAGAUUGCCCCCCCCUCCCCCGUUCCCAUGUCCCUCCCCCACCCUCCACCCCAAACCCCCCGACCAUACCUCCCCAUCAGUUGCAAUUGUUGUUGCAACUGAUUUCUCUUUUCUGGGCUUUUGGGAAGGAAGCAGGCGUGAAGAAGAAGAAGAAGAAGAAGCUGCACCAUCUCUCAACUGACGACCUUUUGGGGAAGGUUUGAGAAACGACAGGAGACGGAGAGCUCUGAUUCAUUCGUGGGAAGCGACUCGUAUCGCUGCUGGUUUCCUCGUUCCCUCGUCCUCUCGGCCCUUCCCACCUUCCUCUCAGCCAGGAGGAAGAGCCGGCUGCGGAAUGCACAAUCAGGGGGAGGAAGUCGGACCGACACGCAGAGUUCAGGGCGUCUGGCCAUCCCGGUUCUUGUGAGCGCAACAAGGGGGGGUCAAGUGAGGCGUCUGGGUAGGUGCCCUCGAGAGGACGACCAGGGACGGGGGACGGAGGGUGAAGUUAACCAGCAUCUUCCUGAGAAAAGAGAGCAACGGAAGAAUUCGUUAGGAACUGGAGCACAAACGACAGGAAGUCAGAGUUGAACCACAGACCUGGUGACAGAGCUCAUUCAUCCGAACACUUUGAGAGGGAUGUACCCGCGUUUCACCUGAGCACCAGAACGCUUCCUCUCUGCGUCGUCUCCUUCCACCGAGUAAGUUUUGGCCACGGUGGGUGGAGGUGGAGGUGGAGAGGGGGGAGAGGGCUGGGUUUCUCGCCUGACUGGACCUGCCGUGGGGGGGCAGCUGACAGCCGUCCAAGACGCCGCGAGCCGUACUGCGCGUGAAGAAUGCCCAGCCGCGCUUGGCCAAGCCGGCCGACCCGGGCCCGACGCCGGGCCUCUACAUGGAGCGCUCGCAGAGCCGCAUCAGCCUCUCGGCCUCCUUCGAGGCGCUCGCCAUCUACUUCCCGUGCAUGAACUCCUUCGACGAGGACGACGGGGUGGACACAGAGGGCAGGAAGUUGAAGGGGGCCAUCCAGAGGAGCACGGAGACGGGCCUGGCCGUGGAGAUGCCGAGUCGGACGGUCCGGCAGGCGAGCCACGAGUCCAUAGAGGACAGCAUGAACAGCUACGGCUCGGAGGGGAACUUGAACUACAGCGGCAUGUGUCUGGCAUCAGACGCUCAGUUCAGCGACUUCCUGGACGGGAUGGGGCCCGCUCAGUUUGUCGGGCGACAGACGCUGGCGACCACGUCGAUGGGUGACGUAGAGAUCGGCCUCACGGAGAGGAACGGGGGUCUGGAGGUGGAGGUCGUCCAGGCCAGAGGACUCACCAUGAAACCGGGUUCAAAGGGACCUCCAGCGGCCUACAUCAAAGUUUACCUCCUGGAGAACGGCACCUGCGUGGCCAAGAAGAAGACCAAGUCGGUGAGGAAGUCUCUGGAUCCUCUCUACAACCAGGUCCUGGUCUUCUCCGAGAGCCCGCAGGGGAAGGUGGUGCAGGUCAUCGUUUGGGGCAACUACGGACGCAUGGACCGCAAGUGCUUCAUGGGCGUGGCUCGAAUCCUAUUGGAGGAGCUGGACCUCAGCACAAUGGUGAUUGGCUGGUACAAGCUCUUCCCGACCUCCUCCAUGGUGGACCCCGCCAUGGCGCCGCUCAUCCGCCACUCCUCCCAGAUGUCCCUGGAGAGCACCAUCGGGCCGUGCUGCGAGCGGUCCUAAGACUCCGGGGGAAGGAAACCCAUCGUAGUCCUGCGCCUGGACCCGCCGGUGUAGGUGUUCUCGCCCUCCUCCUCGGCCCGAGGGCGCCUCGACCGGUCCAACCAAACCCGGGAACCAAUCCCAG